AUGGCAUCGUCGGCGGUAACUCGAUUCAGCUUCAUAUUCCACGCGCCCGCGGCCGCCGUCGACGCUUGCAAGGCCGCCAUCUUCAAGGCCGGCGCGGGCCGCUAUCCGGGACCUGGAAGCUACACGGAGUGCUGCUGGUCCAUCAAGGGUACCGGCCAGUUUCGUCCGGGCGCCACGGCCAAUCCCAACAUUGGAUCUGUCGGUGCCCUAGAGCACGUGGAAGAGGUCCGCGUCGAGACAAUCUGCAUUGGCGAGGAUGUUGCGCGACGUGCAGUAGCCGCGUUGAAGGAGGCCCAUCCUUACGAGGAGCCUGAUUACAAGGUUAUCCGAUUGGAGGAUUUCUAA